AUGAACCCCUUCUCACACUCUGUUCAGUCCCACAAUUUUCAAAGUAUUUUGGUAGCCCAAACUUUUCCCUCUAUCUCUGUUUUACAGAAAACAAAAAGAAAACAGAAACCUAAAAGGAGAAAAGGCGAAAAGAAAAGAAAAGGACCCCCUGGGCCUCUUGGCCCGAAAGGCGAAGGUAGCCCAACUAGACUGACCGGCCCAACCCUGCCCCAGGUCAUCUCCCUCUCUUUCCCUGUACGACCGACCGGGACGGGGCUCCCGCUCGUCCCCGCCGGACCGGCACCGCGCCCCGUACACCACCGAUGGGAAGAUAAGGCCGCCCCCUGGCGCCUCGGUUCCUCCCUGGCCUCACUCCCGCUCUCAUCCACUCCCCCCCUCUCCCAGGCGAUCCCCUCUCCAGUUUCGCCCCACUCCCGAACGCCUCCGUUGCCGCUGUUGCCGUCGACCUCGCGGCCAUCAUCGCCCCCCACGCCGAGCUGGGAGGUCCGGCGGAACCGCUGUCGUCUACUUCGUCUUCCUCGCCCACGAGGUCAAGCCGGGAGCCCCCACAUCGACCGGAUCGAGGUCAUCUUCAACCUCCGCCCCGCUGCUUGCCGUCUUCGAUUCGGCCUCAUCGGAACCUCCCCGAGCCCGCUUUGCUCACCUACAGGCUCGAUAGAUGUCGGAGCCCAGGAUCCAGACGCCACCUUUGACGACGAAUACCACAACCCCGAGGGUGCCUACUACUACGUGGAGGACGCCAACGACCAGGAGUAGUUAGGAGGCUCCCAG